AAAAGGCAGAGCAAGUCCGGAAUAAUAUUAAUGUUGCACUUUCCAAUUUAGUUUCUCCGGUGAGGGAAGCAGCCACGUCACUCACAUACACGUUAUUUCUUCCUUCUCAACUCCUCAAAUCGUGUCUGUUAUUACAACCACUUUCUGAUGAAAUGCAAGUACAGAAGUUCAUUCACUUCUGAAAACAAAAUCUCUCUCAAAAAAAAUAAAAUAAAAUAAAAAUGAGAAGAAUAUGGAAUCUUCUCUCCAAAUCCAAACAACUAGCAGCGUUUUCAAGCCCAGCCUCCAAGUUCCGCGUCACUGCGUUUUGCUCUUAUUGCGAUCAAUCGUAUCGGCAGAACCGUCCAGGGCCGCUCGUUCAGUACAAAAGUCUAGUUGAUCAAGGGAAGUUGCAGUAUGAUCCUUACCAAGAGAGUGUUGCUUCAGAGCUUGAGAGUUUGCUUGCCAGGUUGGAGCAGUAUGAGAAAGAUAUGGAGGAGUAUCAUGUGAAUCUAGCUAAUUGGGAGAAGCAGCGGGAGAAUGAGCGGCGGAGACUUCUUAAGGAGGAAGUUGAGCUGCACCAGAAGGAUGAGGACUGGUGGAAGCGGUUGAACAAUAAGCUUACUGAAAGAUGGACAUCCCGGAAAAGACCUGCGAAUAUGGAGCCAGGGGUGGGAAAAUGGGUAUCGUAUCUUAAACGUGAGAAGAAGUUGGAUUCACUUGUUGGUCGUCGUCCAACUGCUCCCCCAGCUCCUAAAGGACUUUACAUAUAUGGCAAUGUUGGCAGCGGGAAGACAAUGUUGAUGGACAUGUUCUAUAGUUCUACUAAAGGAAUUGUAAAACAUCGAAGAAGGUAUCACUUUCAUGAGGCCAUGCUCAGAAUUAAUGAACAUAUGCACAAGAUAUGGAAGAACCAAAUGGAAGAGAAGCCUUUGCAAUCGGGUGUUGCUGGUUGGAUUAUGAGUCUUCCAUUUGAUAUGAAAGCUAAGGAGUGGUUGGCUGCUGAGGAAAGAUACAAGCAAGAGAUGCAAAUAAAGAACAUUCUCCCAGCUGUAGCAGAUAAAUUUUUCCUGGAUGGAGAAGAAAAUGAAAAAGGAGCUAGCAUUUUGUGCUUUGAUGAGAUACAGACUGUUGAUGUAUUUGCUAUUGUGGCUUUAUCUGGAAUUCUAAGCAGAUUGCUGAGCAGUGGAACUAUAAUUGUGGCUACCAGUAAUCGAGCACCAAGCGACUUAAAUGAGGCUGGUAUGCAAAAAGAAAUAUUUCAGAAACUUGUCUCCAAAUUGGAAGACCAUUGUGAGAAAGUAUUGAUAGGGAGCGAAAUUGACUACCGUCGUUUUAUAGCACAAAAAUCAGAAAACCAGGUGCACUUUUUCUGGCCUAUUGGAAAGGAAGCAACCAAUGAAUUUGAGAAAAAGUGGCAUGAUGUAACAAGCAGAUUGGGAGGAAGAAUAGUUUCCAACACCACCAUCUCAGUGAUGUUUGGAAGGACACUUGAGGUUCCCAAAAGCUUUGAUGGAGUUGCACGCUUUACAUUUGAAUAUCUUUGUGGUCGUCCGUUGGGUGCAGCAGAUUAUAUUGCAGUUGCCGAAAACUUUCACACUGUGUUCAUAUCUGAUAUUCCAGUAAUGAGUAUGCGUAUCCGUGACAAGGCACGGAGAUUUAUUACCCUUAUUGAUGAGUUAUACAAUCAUCAUUGCUGCCUAUGUUGUUUGGCAUCCUCUUCAAUUGAUGAAUUAUUUCAAGGAACCGAGGAGGGCACACUUUUUGACUUGGAAAGUUUCCAGUUUGAAACAGAGAUUGAUGGUGGGAAACUUCGUCGUAAUGUCUUGGCAGAAGGCAGGGUGAGCUCAGCAGGUGCCCCUUCUAGUAUCACAUCCAUACUAUCUGGUCAAGAAGAGUUGUUUGCUUUUCACAGAGCUGUCUCACGGCUGAUUGAAAUGCAAACUCCAUUAUACUUGGAUGGAGUUAGUAAUUUCCACCCCUAUUUUCAGAGGCAAUAUAAACAGUCACAACAAUUGUGAGCCUAUAUUCUGAUCCUUUAACCUGAAGUUUUAUUUUUUUCUUUUUUAAUUUCCUUGUUCUGCUUGAAACUGUUGUCUGAUGUUAAAUUGACUUUAUAUACUAGAUAUAAUAAUCUGUCAAUAUUGGUGCAGUUACAAGCA